AUGUCUCGUGAAGAAGAGAUAAGCUCUCCGUUGAUAGUGAUAAGGAAGGAAUGCAAAAUUGGUCCUUUUCAAUUGGGGAUGCCACUAUAUCGAAUACUAAAAAUGUUGGCAAAGCCAUCAGCAACGACAUUGGCCGAUGUACACAUCUCGUAUAACGAGGACGACCCAAUGACUGGAGAAGUUGUUGUGAAGAUAUUAAGCCAUUCACUAACACUAGUCUUCGACGCAAAAAGGCAGAUACUCAUUCGCACCGAAAUCGAAAAUGUGCGAAUAGAAACUAAAAGUGCACAGAAAACAUUGGACGAAUUUAAAGCAUUUACAUCGUCAAAUACAAUAAGUGAUCAAAACACAUACAGCGACCUCUCUCGUUUAUUUAAGUCAUUCUUAAGUCGCGAAGUUGAUAACAACAAAAACACUGAGUUAUACGACGAACCGACAAAACCCCAAAGCGGUGAGUUGUGCAAUGGGACCUUCAUAUUCAAAUUUUCAGGUGUUGGGAAUGAUGCGAAUGAAAAAAAGAAUUUAAGACUAACGAAGGUUGUAAACAGUCUGAAUGACACAUGUCAAGAACUGAAGGUAGUGAAAGUGUCUGAUACUGGGGUGUUUUGUAUCGACGAUUUUGUAUUUAAGCAUGGGAGUCAUACACAAGAGGUUGUUGCAGACUUGAAAGAUAGAGAGGGAAGUAAGAGUGACGAAACUUGUACAUACUACAACUACUUCUCCAGAGGGUUUGAUUUCGUCUUUGGUAAAAACGAUAAUUUGGUCAAAAGGUUUGUGUUGCACACGAAUUCCCCCAGUGACUCAGUGUUUGGAAUUUAUUCAAAGUGCUUUUUUGAGUUGAAAAUUGCGGGUGCGGUCGUAACACAGGACUCAAAGUGGCCAAAGUUGAAUCUGCAAUUCAGUAAUAAAACGCCUUUGGGAGAUGGUGUAGUGUUGUACCAAGUGGGCAAUUGUUUGUUUGAGGUUGAAGAUAAAACAGGAACAAUUUUCACUAUUUUCAUUUAA